AUGAAGAUAGAAUCGGUCAGGGAAGCAUUUGUCAGUGACUACGAAGUACUUCAGUUCCUCUCGCAACUCGAGAGAGAACACAACUGGGUACCUGAACUGCAAGGCGGUAGAGAUGCCAACGGGAAAAGGAGAAGACCGUAUAAUCUGCCUCAGUUGCAAAAGAUAACUCGUGAUACUGUACAUUACCUUUCGCUGUCGAAAAACGCCACCGAGGCUGAAGAGGGCGAGAGUGGGCAAUCAAAAGCGUCAAAUUCGCAUCUAGCACGAUUGAACGACGCUAAGUUCAGAGAGCUCAUGGCUACGUUGAACGGAUUCGAGUUGUUUAAGGCAGAGAAAUUGCAAAUCGUGAACCAGUUGCCUACGAAUAUGGUACAUCUGUACUCGAUAGUCGAAGAGUGCGAUUCGCGGUUCUCCGAAAAUCAAACCGCCGUCAUGAUUGAUGCGGUCCAGAAAGCAUGUGCUGUGUGA